GGCCUUGUGCCCUUUUUCCCUCACCUGCUUUCCCGCCUAUGUAUUCCACAACUCGUCGCUCCUUUUCACAGUCUCUUGUUCUUUAAGUUUUGAGCCUUAUAUUAAAAAGUUUCAGAGAAACCUGAUCCGAUCAAGUUCAUUCACUAAAUCGCUCAAUGAAAUUGAAGAUCAAUAAAGCUUCCGAUCUCAGCUCCAUUUCAACCCUUUCUCCUCAAACAAGGAGAUCCAACACUGCAACACAUGCACAUGGACCCCAGACAUCACAGCUGCGAUCGCAACCGUCACAACAAUCAUUUUCUCGAGGACUCUCUUCUCACUCUCAACUCGGCGUGUUUUCUCAGAGCUCACUCGACGAUGUUCUGACAAUUGAUCAGUUUUCGGCACACAGAUUCAGUUCUGAAGAACGGGAUGUAAAGAGGACAGUUUGCCUGCCACCGACCAGUCAUACUCGUGAAGAGAGUCAGGUGCCAGUAUCAAGAUCUUCGACCAGCCUACCGCGUAAAUGGACUUCUUCUUCUCUUUCUGACCAUAAAUGGCAGAUCAGCGAAGAGCUUGAACACCGGAUUGGAAUGAUGGAAACUUCACUAAAUCGGUUCGGAAUGAUACUGGAUUCUGUUCAGAGCGACGUUAUGCAAGCUAACAAAGGGACAAAGGAAGUUUUACUAGAGACGGAAGGAAUUCGGCAGAAAUUGAUGGUUCAGGAUAACUUACUGCAGUUAAUGAACAAGGGACAAGAAGAUAUCAAAGCUAGCCUUGAAGCGGGCUUUAAAUCUACAUCCGAUCAAGUCAACAAGCAUGCAUAUCAAGACAAGUUUCAAGAUAUUUUCUCGGUGCUUUCAACGUUACCAGAGAAGAUAGAAGCUUUUAUCCAGAAAUCACAAAAUGAGUUUUGUAAUUCUCUCCCCAAGGAAAUGCAGGCAACGGCGUUACCUGACCGGAAAGACCAAGUGGCACCGAUUCCUCCCCCUAAUAAGCAGAUUACUACCAGGAGUGCCGCCAGACAAGAAAAAUUGCAGCAGAUUAUGAAGUUUCAAGAGAUUAGAAAUAAUUGUACCGAUUUUGGAUCAGCUGCAUCUCCUAAGGUUUCUGCACAACCGAUUGUAGCAGUUCCCAAGACAGAAGCAGGAGGAUGGAAAUCAGUAAAAUCGGAAAAAAAUACCUUAACAAAUAUCACAGCCAACAAGAUGCACAAACAAAUAGGAGCUUCUCCUCUUCAUAAGGAAAGACAAUGCAGAAUUAUCAUUGAAUCAGAUGAGGAGAUUGAUAGAGGUUUUUCCUGCCUGUUUAAAGAGAAUGAAUCAGAUUUAGGUAACUGUUUGAUUGACGAAGUGGAGGAAGAAACAAAAAGGAUUCUAAGGAAAGCAAGGAGGCGAAAGAGACAGUGCUGUAAUACGAUACUUAUAAAUUGAUGAUUUCACAAUUUUUCUAUGCAUAGUCGGGUCAUCAACUGAGUUGGACUCUCUUCAGAUCCGGUUCUAUUGAAAAGCGGAUCAUUUUUGGUACGUUUCAUCGCCAUACAGAAAUGAUAUAUUAUAUCAUAAGUCCCUCCCAUUUUAUAACCUUUUUUCGUGAUUUAAACGAAUAGAAAGUUUUUUCAAAAGAUAAUUCUGUCAUGAAAAACUGUUUAUUAUUGGCACAAUCAAAGAUGUGACCGGAGAUGUUGAUAUUUUUGAAGUUGCCGAAUUCUAUUGCUUUGUUGUUCAGAUAUUUUGAAAAAUGUUCCCUACAUCUCACUGUAAACUUUCUCAAGAAGACAAGCAUUGGUUCCACUUCCCACCAUCUCCCCAAAUAAAAAGGACUGAAAUGAUGGGAGCCAAGAAAAAGAAAAGGAUAGCAUUUUCUGCAUUU